AUGCCUGUUACUCCUACUGGUUCCAUUCCCAAGCGUGAACAGUCCGUCGAUUUAGCCUCACUGAAGCAACUGCGCGCGGAUCUGAAGCUCGCUACUUCCAGCCUGGUUGCAGCGAACAAGGUCCUGGACCGCUUGAGCCCCAUAAAUGGGUUCAGGAAUGCCAUCUUGGAGGUCCCAGCAUAUCAAGGCUACAUAACACGCCCUUUGCAUGCCUAUUCUGAUGCAAGGGUUCGGUAUGAAACUGUCCAGAUCAUCAACGUUCUCCGUUUUGACGGCAUUGGUUGUUAUCUAUUGCUUUAG